AUGGCGACGAUUGCCGUCCCCAGACCCGCUCUGCCUCCCAAGAGCGCAUCGCAGCGCGGAAGCACUCCCGUCGACUCGUCCUCUCCACUUGAGUCGCUCGGCCUGCCAUCGCCCCCACAAUUGCCAGGCUCCCAUCCCAUUCCCAUCUCCAACAGCCGCAGCCCUGUCUGCUUGUGCGCGGCCGACGACGACUCGGCCUCGUCGUAUACGCACUCUCCUCCCCCGAGCCAUGUCCGCGCCCACCCCCAGGCCUCCCUGCUCUACCCGCCCGACGCCUUUGCCCGGGUCGACGGCGAGCAUGCCUCGAUAUACGAGAUAGAUGCCGCGAGCGUGGCCGAAGCCUUGGACUUUGCCUCUCGCCAGCCGCUCCCUCCCCCCUCGCUGGUCUUCCCCUGGCUGCACGGGCUGCACCCCGAGAACCACACCCAGCGGACCUUUUUCGAUGGCCACCAGUGCAGCCUUGGGAGCAUGCCAAACUGCCUGAGGGCAAUCACCAUUGUCAAGGCAGAUGGCCAUCUCGACGCUGCCCGCCUCAAGGGCGCCAUUGCCCCCGCGGAGUUCAUGCGGCUCGGGGCCGCUCCCGAAUUCCUCGAUGCGGACCCCGUGUGUGGCCUGUCUGUCCGUAACUUCCACAUUCAGCCUGCCAAAGUUGCUGCGACGUCGGACAUUGUCGUCUACGGGCUGGACCCGGACGAGAACCGCAGGGUCGCAUGGCAAGUUGCCGUAGCCCAGAAGCGAUGGCGAAACAAGCAGCUUGCACAGGCAAAGGACAUGCCCGUGUACAGCACCUUUGUCUGUACAAGCCCGUUUUCCGUCUUUGAGGAGUCCCAUGGUGACCUGGUGGCCGUCGAUGUGACCGGUAAACGCACCGGCCGGGUGCUGGACCUGGCAGAGCAGGAACACCAAGAGAUGCGCAACAUGACGGCGAUCUCCGAGAUAUGCCACAACGUCUUCCUAGGCCCUAGCCCUGAGCCUGGCAGUGCCGAGGAGCAACGCUUUGAUGUCCUCAUCGAGUGCAGCGACACGGGCCGGCUGGAUCCGAGCGCCAUACAGUUCAUCGCUGAGCAUCCUGGCCAGCUGCCACGCCCAACCUCCAUCUGCUUUCCGUCGUCGGGGAGUGUCCUGCCCCCGAGCUGGUCUCAGGCCGAGGCCGACGCAAUCAUCAAGACGUGUAAAUGGAUACACCGCAUCUCCCACAGCACUAUGCCCGAGCCCCAUACCACCUCCUCCCAAGACAGUGUUGCGCUGCAACAUGUCAAGUCUCAUAACCCAGCGGCCGGCAACGCAGGCGGUCGAAAGGUCCUCAUUCACUGCGCCGACGGAUACACGGAAUCAACGCUCCUUGCCAUUGCCUAUUACAGCUUCAACACGGGGCUGCCCGUCCCCGAUGCUUGGAUCAAGCUUCACACCACUGAACGCCGCAACUUCUUUGCCUACCCCUCUGAUGUCUCGCUCCUCUCGGCCAUAGGCCCUCGUUUGCUGUGCGAGUCCCCGAUGUCCUCGGGUAAGAGCCUGGAGGACAUUGCAAAUCUCGCAAGGAGCGAGCCAGCCUGGUUCUCCGACCUGGAUGGCUCGCUUCCCAGCCGCAUCUUGGAUUAUCUAUAUCUGGGCAAUCUCGUCCAUGCGAACAACCCCGAACUCUUGGCGCAACUCAAUAUCCAUCAGAUACUCAGUAUUGGCGAGUCCGCGUCCUGGACAAAGGAGGACCUGGACAAGUGGGGCUCGGACAAUAUCUGCUUUGUCCAGGGCAUCCAGGACAAUGGCAUAGACCCCUUGACUGAAGAGUUUGGGCGUUGUCUUGAAUUCAUUGGCAAGGGAGUCCAGAAAGGCACGGCGACGCUCGUCCAUUGCCGCGUCGGCGUUUCACGUAGUGCCACCAUCUGCAUAGCGGAGGUCAUGCGAGCGCUGAAUCUGUCGUUCCCCCGCGCGUACUGCUUCGUCAGGGCGCGCCGCCUCAAUGUCAUUAUCCAGCCGCAUCUCCUUUUCGCCUACGAGCUCUUGCGCUGGGAGGAACGCCUCCGACAGAAACGGGGCUCUCUGGAGCCCUACAAGCGAGAGAUGGAAUGGGGGGAAAUUGCGCGAGAAAUUGCCCUCAUGAACCGCCCCUAUUCUAGAUGA